AGAGAGAGAGAGAGAGAGAGUGUGACAGAAAAAAAAAUAACACUCAACACUUUUACGACUCCUGCAAACUGACUGCGGAACAUUGCUUUCACCUUUGUGGAUUUUGUUACGUGUGUGCAUCUUGCAUGUAUUUUUUUCCUGUAUUGCCCACCGCAGGUCUGAAAGAGAGUUGUAACUGGACUUAACCGAAGGCGCAUCAGUGUUUUAACUCGGGAAAAGUGAAGCGGCCGCUGGAUUUUUAUUUUAUUUUGUUUUAUUUUUGCCGUUUUCCAGACUCAGAACAUCCCAGACGGGGCAUGACUGGUAUCUGGCAUCUAGACAGGUGAAUAGUUUCCCUUCCUUCCGAUAAGAACUUUUCCUCGUCAUUAUCAUUGGGGAUAAAAGUAUCCUUUCUAAAGAUGUCAAAGCCCGCUGAUCAUAUCAAGAGACCCAUGAACGCGUUCAUGGUUUGGUCCCGGGGCCAGAGGAGGAAAAUGGCACAGGAGAAUCCCAAAAUGCACAACUCGGAGAUCAGCAAAAGACUGGGCGCCGAGUGGAAGCUGCUUUCAGAGUCUGAGAAGAGACCUUACAUUGACGAGGCCAAGAGGCUGCGGGCUCAGCACAUGAAGGAGCACCCCGACUACAAGUACAGACCCAGGCGCAAACCCAAAAACCUGCUCAAGAAGGACAGGUACGUUUUCCCUUUGCCUUACCUCGGGGACACCGAUCACUUGAAGGGACUUCCCGUGUCUGCCGCGGACUCUCUUUUGGGCUCCUCGGAGAAAGCCAGAGCGUUUCUGCCGCCGACGUCCGCUCCUUACUCCUUCCUCGAUCCGAGUCAGUUCAGCUCCAGCGCCAUCCAGAAGAUGACGGAGAUGCCCCACACGUUGAGCACCAGCACUUUGCCGUACGCGUCCUCGUUGGGAUACCAGAACGGCGCUUUCGGCACCCUUGGGUGCCCCAGUCAGCACACCCACACCCACCCGUCGCCCACAAACCCGGGCUAUGUCGUCCCGUGUAACUGCACAGCCUGGUCAGCGUCAAGUUUACAGCCCCCGGUGGCCUACAUACUUUUUCCAGGUAUGACCAAGACUGGGAUAGACCCAUAUUCAUCCGCACAUGCCACUGCCAUGUAACCCUCAAGACUCUUUUCCUCUUUUUAAUUCACUUGAAUACUGAAAUGCAUGUAAAUAUAUUAUGGAC